AGCAAAUAACGUGUUAUUACUAAGGACGUUGUCUUUGUGUUACAUUUUGAGUAACUCUACGAGUACCAGUAGAACUGUAUUCUACUUACUGAUCACUCAUUUUGCAGAUAAAACCAUGGACAUGGUGGCAGUUGAACCGCAACAGAAUGUUGUAGCCAGGGUGGCCAGCCUUCCCCUGGUGAGCUCUACUUACGACAUGGUCUCCACAGUGUACUGCAACACCAAGGAGAAUCACCCCUAUAUAAAGUCUGUGUGCGAUGUGGCAGAGAAAAGCGUGAAGACCAUCACUUCAGUGGCCCUCACCAGCGCCAUGCCUAUCAUCCAAAAGCUGGAGCCCCAAAUUGCAAUUGCAAACGAGUUUGCCUGCAGAAGUUUGGAUAAGAUAGAAGAGAAAUUGCCAAUUCUUCACCAGCCCUCUGAAAAGAUUGUUGCUCAUGCCAAAGAUGCUGUGACUGGAGCAAAAGAUGCAGUGACAACAACAGUGACUGGUGCCAAGGAAACUGUGUCUUUCACUAUCACUGGGGUGGUAGAUAAGACCAAAGGAGCAGUUCAAGAGAGUGUGGAGAUGACCAAGGCUAUUGUAAACAGCAGUGUGAAUACUGUGAUGGGCAGCCGUGUAGUGAAGAUGGUGAGCACUGGGGUUGACACGGCGCUGAGCAAAUCGGAGUCCCUGGUGGAUAUGUAUCUCCCACUGACCGAGGAAGAACUGGCCACAGAGGCCAAAAAUAUAGAUGGGUUUGAAGUGGCAGUCAAUAAGCCAAGCUAUUAUAUAAGGCUGGGAUCUGUUUCAACCAAGCUACGCAAGCGGGCUUACCAUCAGGCCCUUGCCAAAGUACGGGACGCAAAGCAGCGGAGUCAGGAGGCCAUUUCAGAGCUUCACCACACUGUGGACUUGAUUGAAUAUGCAAGACAAAACAUGGACAGUGCCAAUCAGAAGUUUCACAGUGCACAGGAUAAGCUGCAGUCUUGGCUUGAAUGGAGGAAAAAGACGGGAUGCAGUGAUGGGGUUCAAAAUGCAGAGCACAUUGAAUCGCACACUCUUGCCAUAACCCGUGGACUCGCACACCAGCUCCAGACGACUUGCGUUACCCUAGUCUCCAGUAUCCAGGGCUUGCCUCAGAACAUCCAGGACCAGGCUAACUCCCUCACAAGCUCUGCAGCUGACGUCUACCAGAACUUCAGCUCCAUCUCUUCAUUCCGUGAGGUCUCUGACACUGUCCUCGCCAGCAGCAAAGGGCAACUCUCCAAAAUGAAGGAUUCUCUGGAUGGUGUGAUGGAUUACCUGGUCAACAACACCCCUCUCAACUGGCUGGUAGGUCCCUUUUACCCAAGGCUGGCUGCUGAAACCCAGCCGCCUGAGCAAAAUGGGGAAGAGAAGAAAAAGUCCAAACGGGAGGAAUAGGGGCCCAACAUCUCAAUGUACACAUUUGGUAUAUCUGGAAUGCUAUAGCCAAUCAAAGCUGGGACACACUCUUUACUAAAUGUUUGCCAUGUUCCAUACAGCAGUGUCUUAAAUGGUUUAAACAUCGUACAUUAAACUAUUAAUCCCACUUAGAGCUUUGCAGCAAUAACCAGGAAUUAACUAACUAACCCUGAUACGGUCACAUCUACUUGUUUUGAGUCAUAAUGUCCUCAUGUAAUGAUGACCUUUGAACAUUUCUGCCUGAGCACACAUUCCACAUUCAUUUGAAGUGGACUUGUUUUAAUGUUGUCAAUCAGAGUUCAAUAACAGUUGUGUGCAUCCCUUAUUGGUACAUAUUUAGCUUCACAGCGUACAGCAAUUUGAAUACCAGUUGGUUUCAGGAUCAUGAAAGCUUAGGAUCCCAAUGUCUGUUUGUGUUUUUUGUAUUGGCAAUGGCUAGCUGUCUACCCCAAUUGUGCUUGUUAUCCUCUGUGCCUUUUGGAAAGUUAGAAAGAAAAGGAAAAACCUGAUGUUUUGGCAAUUGUUAUAAAAUUCAAAUUGAGACCUGACGAUUCUUUGCCAAAAUGGUGUGCUUUUAUUAGCUGCUGCUUUUGCUACUGUGUUGAAUAUGUAUUUCAUAAUUUAACUUUGUACACAUUUAAUAAACAAAAUAAGCAUCCA